AGAAUACUUUCAAUGGUAAAUAACAGAAAGUAGAGGGGCAAAAAUAGAAUAAAUCAAAAUAGCUCACCGCCAACCUUUCAUCACCAAACAGCGGCGAACGCUAUUUCAUAUAUCAGACCAAAACCAAAACCCAACACUCAAAUUAUCAGUAAUUCCACAGAGACAAAAAUAAAAAAUGAAAGGAGGUGGUCUAACCUACGCCGUGGUUACCGGAACCGCGCUGAUACUGCUAACAUGCGCACUCGCCACCCUCGAAGAAGAACAAGAAGUAAUUCUCCAAGUCACCGGAAACCACCACCACCACCACCUCCUCGGCACGGCGGCGGAGCACCAGUUCAACAGUUUCAUCCAGGAGUACGGGAAAGACUACCCUACACGUGCGGAGUACCUGCACCGCCUCGGGAUCUUCGCCAAGAACUUGUUGAGGGCGGCGGAGCACCAGGCCAUGGACCCCACCGCCGUCCACGGUGUCACUCAGUUCUCAGAUCUUUCUCAGGAGGAGUUCGAGGGUAUGUACAUGGGGGUCAAGGGAGGCGCCGCCGCCGCGCCGUCGGAGAACGAAGAAGUGGUGGCGGCGGAGAUGGAGGUCGGCGAUUUGCCGGAGAGCUUUGACUGGAGAGAGAAAGGUGCUGUCUCUGAUGUCAAGAUGCAGGGUACUUGUGGUUCUUGCUGGGCAUUUAGUACCACCGGAGCAAUCGAAGGUGCGAAUUUCAUCGCGACCGGAAAGCUUUUGAAUCUUAGCGAGCAACAGCUCGUCGAUUGCGAUCACGCGUGCGACGCGACGGAGAAGAAAGCGUGCGACGACGGGUGUUCGGGCGGACUAAUGACGAAUGCGUACAAGUAUUUGAUCGAGGCUGGUGGCAUUGAAGAAGAGGAUGCGUAUCCUUACACCGGAAAACGGGGCGAGUGCAAAUUUAAAUCGGAGAAAGUGGCGGUCAAAGUUUCGAAUUUCAUCACAAUUCCCAUCGAGGAGAAUCAAAUUGCCGCGUAUUUAGUCAACCACGGUCCUCUUGCAGUGGGGCUAAACGCCGUUUUCAUGCAAACAUACAUCGGUGGUGUAUCGUGCCCGUUGAUUUGCGGCAAGAAAUGGAUCAACCACGGCGUACUUCUCGUGGGCUACGGUUCGAGAGGCUACUCGAUCCUGCGGUUCAAGAACAAACCCUAUUGGAUAAUCAAGAACUCGUGGGGUAAACGAUGGGGAGAGAAAGGGUAUUAUCGUCUUUGCAGGGGGCACGGUAUGUGCGGGAUUAAUACUAUGGUUUCUGCAGUCAUGACAAAGGCCUCUUAAUUUAUAUUUUAGUGUUUGUGGAAUUACUAAUUAGUACCUUAAUUAAGCCUUUUGUCAUAAUUUGCUAUUGUGGUGUGAUAUGAAAUAAAAUGUAAUAUAAGAAAGUUGGGAAAAAAAUUAUCAUUAUUUA